AUGGAUGCGUCGCAAGGUGGCCUAGGGUCUCUUUCUCCUUCUCAGCGAACCCAGCUUGUUGACCAAAUGAAAGCAGAAGUAGCAAUCGCAAGUGCUCGCGAGUUAAUGGAUCAUCUGCAGUCGGUUAGGGACAAAAUCUUGUCAUCGACAUCUAGCAUUGUGCACUUGCGACACCGCUUGUGA